AUGGAUCACAGUUUUCCGUCGCAUUUGGUGUGUGCAGCCGUAUCGGCGCUGGACGGCGGAAUUGGCGCCGGUCUCUCGGCUCUCAGCGCCAACUCCACUUUAUCGGAUAUUGGCUCAAUUACUGGAGCCGAAGACUAUGACGCUGGUACAUUCAGCUAUUCGGUACCGUUACCAGCCACAGAUGGGAAUUUCUCCACAAAACUUCCGAAGAGUGUCCGAUUACAGUUGACGGAACUCGAGAACUGGUUUGCCAGAAAUCGCUAUCCGGACAUGGCCACUCGAGAGGAAAUCGCUAUUUGGAUCAGUCUGACAGAACCACGAGUUAGAGUGUGGUUCAAGAAUCGUCGAGCGAAAUGGCGAAAACGUGAACGAAACUAUGUGGACACAAAAGGAUUCAGUAGUACACUCGGCUCAUCGAUGAGUACUAUCGGCGGCCUACAGACCGGCUUAGGUCUUAGCAAUCUUCAGAACGGCUUCUCUCAAACAUUACUACACACUUCAAGCCAGAUCGACGACACUGGAUCCUUCUACGGAUACGGUGGUGGCUGGCAAACUGCCAACUAUCAACCAAGGGGCGGGCAAACGACAUUCAAUUGAGCAACACAAGCUCUGCCGUCAUCACUCAAUCAGUCUCUACAACAACAGGAUAAGCUGAAACUAAUGGACGGAUUAAGCUCGUCAUUAAAUACCUCAUUUCAUGGAACAUUACCAAUCAAUACCAGCUACAACACUUGCCAAUAUACCGGACCACUCUGA